CUUCGGAUCCUACGAAGAGUCGAAGAACUUCUCAAUUCACAGUCCAGCCGCCGUUGUUGCGGCGGCGAGCCCCGACCUGGCCUGCGCCGAACUGCUAGAUUCCUCAGAGCCGAGGCUUUCCUUCGAUGCAGGCGACGAGCUCCGCCUCUCGGGAACCCGUUCCUCCUCCUCCUCCUCCGCCCGCCUUCUCAGGUCGAAGCAUUGGCAGUUUUGAAGAGGUCUGUGGCGAUUAUACACCACGCUUGGGUCAAGAGUUUUCCUCUGAUCAUGAGGCAUACGAGUUUUAUCGGUAUUAUGCUUCGAAGCUGGGAUUCAGUAUCCGGAGAGAAUAUGCAAACAUAAGCAAGAAAACUGGUGAGAUAUCCUCGAGAAAAUUUGCUUGUUCAAGGGAAGGGUUUAAAGCCCUAGAUAAAAGAACCAACUACACGAGAUCUCCACAGCCCGAUACAAGAACAGGAUGUCAUGCUAGUUUGGUUCUUAGGCGCAAAAAUGAAAAUGCGAAGUAUAAAGUAUAUGCUUUCGAGCCUCAGCAUAAUCAUCCUUUAUUCAUUCCGUCAUGUGCUAAUCCUUCGCAAAGAAAGUUAAGUGAUGUUGAACCUUUGGAAGCUGGUAACUAUGUUAAUGCUAGAAUUACCAGUGAAACAGAAAGCAGAAAUUGUACUCUUGCUGAGAAUGUUGUUGAUUCCAGAAAAAAAAAUCAAAACCCGUUAUACAUUAGGCGGCAAAGUGAAAUCAGGUAUGGGGAAGCUGGUGCUCUGUUGAACUUCCUCCAAGACCAAUCUCUGUCAGAUCCUUCAUUUUAUCACGCUGUACAGCUGGAUGCUGAAGAUAAAGUUGCGAACAUUUUCUGGGCAGAUGGGAAGAUGGUUACUGACUCUCGUCAAUUUGGUGAUGUUGUCUCCUUUGAAAUCGUCUCCAGAAACAACACUAGCCUUCGACCAUUUGCCUCUUUUGUUGGGUUUAAUAAUUAUGGGGAGACUGUAUUGCUUGGGAUGGCACUUAUGUAUGAUGCUACUGGUGAAUCUUUCCAGUGGCUAUUGGAGACUUUUAUGCGUGCAAUGUCUGGAGGAGUACCUAGAACUUUUUUUUCACAUCAAGAUGCAGUUUUAGCAAAGGCUAUCUCAUUUGUGAUGCCUGAGACACGCCAUGCUAUCUGCACAGGGCACCUAAAACAGGCUGCAAAAAAGAAGCUAAGCCACCUCAUCAGAGGGGACUGCAAUUUCAUGAAGGAAUUCAAAGCAUGCAUCAACGAUUAUGAGGAGGAAAUUGAGUUUUUUUCUUCUUGGGAAGCUAUGAUUAGUAAGUAUAACCUUCAUGAUAAUGUGUGGUUACAAAAGGUAUUUGAAGAAAAAGAGAAGUGGGCUAGACCAUAUAUGAAGCAGACAUUUUCAGCUGGGAUGAAGAACACUCAAUUGAAUGAACGCCUGCAUUCUGAUGUUCUGGAUUAUCUAAGAUCUGACGUAGACAUAAUGUUUUUCUUGAAGCGUCUUCAAAAAGUGAUCAAUGACAUCCGGUACAGAGAAUUAGAGGUUGAAUUUAGUUCGAGACUCAAGUUGCCAGGCUUCAAGAUUAGAGCUCCUAUUCUUAGACAAGCUUCUGAGGCCUACACAGAUAUGAUAUUUCAGCUUUUCCAAGAAGAAUACGAAGAGUUCCAAUCAGCUUACAUUGUGAAUCGUGAUGAAAGUGGACCAUGUCGUGAGUAUAUUGUUGCAAUUAUUGAGAAGGAAAGGCGAUACAAAGUUUGUGGGAACCCUUCUGAGCAGUCUGUUUCAUGCUCAUGUAGGAAGUUUGAGACACUUGGUUUCCUGUGUAGCCAUGCUUUGAAAAUUCUAGAUACCAUGGAUAUUAAGUAUCUGCCAGAUUGUUACCUCUUGAAACGUUGGACCAAACAUGGCAGGUGUUUGACUGCACCGCAUGUUGAAGGUCGUAAGGUUCAGGCAGAUACCACAUCAGAAUUUUCUAGCCGCUACCAAUACUUGUGCCCAGUAUUUGUUGAGCUUGUUGCUCGAGCGUCAGAAUGUGAGGAAUCCUACAGAGUGCUAGACCAAUGUUCAGUAGAACUCCGGAAGAAAGUUGAAGAAAUAUUGCAAAAACAAACCAGCAUUGAUGCAUCUGCCCCUCAGCCUGAUGUUGAGGAUAUCCAGAUAUCCUUAAACACCACUGACAAUGAGUCAGAAAGAGCAGUGGACUAUUCUAGCAGCACAAGAGCAAAGAGACCAAAGAAGAAGGGUCAUAAAGGGAUGUGCCCACCAAGUCGUUGCAUUGGGAAAGGCUUGCAGAAGAAGAAAAAGGUGCAGCCUGAAGAACCUGCAACACAGCAUACUGUGUGGGAUGCUCCGACUCGACCUGGAAAUGUUUUCCUUCAGGGGAUUGACCUUUCACAGCCAUUUCCAAUGGGGCAAAUGAAUUAUGAAGGAAAUCAAGAGAACUAAGGUUUGUUCCAUAUCAUACUCUGCCAUCAGGUAACAACCAACAUAAUCAGCAGGUACACUAUGAUGAAGUUUUGCAGGCCUGUAAAAAUCAGUAGCUUUGUCUCAAGUGAAAGGGACCGAGGACAUGAUAUCCAUUUGUCUGGAUACAUCUGACAUCAUAUGUUCAACCCAAGCAGCACACGCAAUGCAACGAACUGAGAUAGCUCUUGUUCACAAGUCUCAGACAGAGCAGAUUACUCAACUCCAUAUGCAAUUUUUGUGUCAACAACUGGAGAACUUGAAGGCUACCGACUGACACUCGCCUUUGCGAAAGUCCAUCGCCACUGCAUGUCCAUUGAACGCCAUUCCCUUUCCCAGUGAUGCAAGGGAUUGCACACUGCAAUGGAUUGUGGUACUAGCUUUGUUGCAGCUUAUUGGCGGAAUCAGAUGGGUAUGCUCUUGUGUGGCAUACUGGCAUGGCUCCUAGUAAUAGUUAUAGCCUGUACAUAACCAGUUAGUGCUAGUUUGUGUGAAUGUGUUGACGAGUCUCGACAGAGCUGAUUACAAGGCUGUCGACUGACAUUCACCUUAGCAAGCCCAUCCUCACAGUACAUUUGAAAAGAAGUCCAUUCUCAGUAAUGUGAACGCUUGAGCAUUGCAAUGAACUGUGGUGUACCUUCCUUUCAGCUGAAGCAGAAUUGGAUGGGUAUACUCUUGCAGUCUUGCUCUUGCGUACAAUGUACAUAACCAUGUAGUGCAAGUUUGUGCAUCUCAGACUGUCUUAAUACAUGUAUUUGUAGGUAUGGUACAAUCAUCUAUCUUGAUUCUUGACCAAGCAGGUGUUGUAUUGCACUAUGAUCAUUGUUGGUAUGAACUAUUGAAGUCUUGGACAUGUAUCUCCUCAGCUUGAAUGGUCCAUGCCAUCAGAUGUAGUACAAGAGUGUAGUAUCUUGAAUUUUUUUCAAA